AUGCCUCGACCGGGGAAAAAUUCUUACAGUGAUCAGAAACCUCCUUAUUCUUAUAUAUCCCUUACUGCCAUGGCUAUCCAAAGCUCUCAAGAAAAGAUGCUGCCGUUGAGUGACAUUUAUAAAUUUAUAAUGGACAGGUUUCCUUAUUACAGAGAAAAUACGCAGAGAUGGCAAAACUCCUUGAGGCACAAUCUAUCAUUUAAUGACUGCUUCAUCAAGAUCCCAAGAAGGCCAGAUCAGCCCGGUAAGGGGAGUUUCUGGGCCCUGCACCCAGACUGCGGGGACAUGUUUGAGAACGGCAGUUUCUUGAGAAGACGAAAGAGGUUCAAACUUCUCAGAGCUGAGCAACUGGCGUCCAAAAACUCUCAGAUGCUCCACUAUUUCCACCAUCACCACCACCAGAACAAACUGGGCAUCGGGCCACCUGAGGCUGCUGCAGGUGUUGGGAGACUGCCCCCGUUCCAAACCUACAGCAUUAACGGUGGACAGUCGACUGGAUUUAAACAUCCCUUUGCUAUUGAAAAUAUCAUAGGAAGGGACUACAAAGGUAUGAUGGCUGGUGGACUUCCUAUAUCGUCGGUGAUGCAUCACCUUGGGUACCCAGUCCCCAGUCAAAUAAGCAACAUGGUGAAUUCAAUGUGGCCUCACGUUGGCAUGAUAGAAUCCAUGGCCCCGAUGCCAAUCUCUCCAGAUUAUGGACCAUUUGGGGUACCCAUGAAGACAAUCUGUCACCCAACCAGCCAAACGAUGCCAGCUGUCCCGGUUCCAAUAAAGCCGACCCCUUCUCUGGCAGCAGUCUCUGCGAUAUCUAAUCUCGCUAGGAGUCCGGCACAACUCUGCUCAUCAUCAACUUCUGCACUGCUUGGUCAAACUCUUUCAGACUCCACAGCCGGAAAAAACAACUUUUUGCACCCAACUGUUGUCCAUUGUUAA